AUGGCGUCCGCCGCGCGAGUGCCAUUUCUUGAGCAGCAGUACUACCAUAUAGCGCUGCCCCGCAAUGUACCUGGCCGCGAAGAUGGCAACCUGCAUCGCGUCGAGGAAGCUCUCUUGGAGCGUAUGCUUGACGCCGUUGCGAGGCUUACCCCCCAUGUCGCUGCAGAUGUUGCUCCGCACGUCCAAGGAUUGCGGAAAACAUUGCUCGCGUGUCAAAUACUCAAUGUCGACGGAACCAUCGGCAAGGCGGCGCUGAUGAAGGAGCUUCGCGACUUCAGCCAUGGGAAAAUGCUUGUUCUGCAUAUCGCACCUCAGAACUGCGCUUUGCUCGUGUAUCCCCAGGACACCUCCGGCGAGCGCAACAUCAUUUUCGAAGCAUUUGAGACAUCCGCCACAGCCGACAAGGUGCUUGCUGCCAAAGGCGCGCUACAAUGGGACUUCCCCGGCUGCGCGGUAUCUGUCCCAGCAUCGACUAUCAACGAAGAAGCUUUUCAGGAAGCUGUCGCCAGUUUCAUCGAACAAGCUAGCAGCGAGUCGGUCACAAAGUUUGCCGCUAUCACCUGGAAGGCAGCCGCCACGAUUCCCGAGAUCCGAGACACCAGUGAUCCCGCUCUCAUAUCUGGCCUGUUGAUGACUAUACUGGAGGCCAAUGGCGCUGCAGUUGCGGUUCCUGGUCUACGGAAGCGCGUGCGUGACACGGUCAACUUCGAUAAUGCUCGCACACCAUGGAGGAGAUCCGCUUUCUACCUGGUCCUCCGAGUAGCAGUCCAGCGUUACUUAUAUCACCACCUGGGUGCGGAGGUUGGAAGUCUGCACUACAAGACAUUGAUGUGUCUUCUACAUGCACAGCUACUGGAAGAUGUCCUGAAGAAAAUCCCCCUAGAUGCGGCCUUUUCAUUACGUCAAAAGCUAGGCCGUCGUCUCGCUAAGCUCACGUCAGACACCCAGGUUGCCAACAGGCCAGCCCUAGGCAGGCGUUACAAUCCUCUGCUAUCUCUGGAAGGCAUUUUCGAGCGCACCCUGGCAACGACUGGCGGUUAUCUAAGGCAAGUCUGGCGUACCCAUAGGCAGUCACGGGAACGCUACAUCCCAAAGCUACGCCACUACGCCCAUCCUCGCGAGUUCCAACUUCGCCUGACCAGCAGCGGUCGAUUCCUUAGAGACGUCUUAGCUGCGCACGCGUCUCUCCCGCGACCAGAACAACGAACAGCUCCCGAGCUUCUGCAGCUAUACGAACGAUCUGUGGCUUCUAUCAAACCCUACAUGAGAGUCAUGUCCAGCCAUAUCGCUUCGUCAAAGCUGCUGGAAGAUGUUGUUCUCCCUGUCAAGCAAUCAACGCAGCCAGAGGGCCUUCGAGCCAUCCAACUGAGCGGCGUGAUCUGUGAUUACGUAGCCAGGAUCAGUGCCGUGGAUCAGGCGUACCCCAACGAGAAGAGCCAGCAGCUCCUUCAUCUAAUGGAACUUUGGGUUCUCAUGGAUAGAGAUGCGGUAGCUUGUUACCCAUUGCUCCAGGAAUACCAUCCGGGGUUCGAUCCGGAUUUGUUGGAUCCCAUCGAGCUUCUUACACACGGAGAAAUGAUUCGGAGUCAGGAAGUACGCAAGUAUCUCAAAGCUCGAUACCGUGCACGAUCAAAUGCAGAAUGCAGGACUAUCUUCGACGAUCCUGCCGACGACUGCUUUGCUGUACAGUAUUACGACCAGGAAGACCUUCAGGGCGACCUACGCGCCAUACGAGAUGAGAUUGAAGAAGAUGCCGAUAUCGCCUAUGAAGCUAAGCGUGUCGAAUGGGAAGAAAAGAGCCAGCGCCAUUCUCAAACCAUCGACAAGCGGAAUGAGAAGGAGUGUAUCUGGGAUGCUUUCGUUGCCUGGGAUGGCAUGCCUGAGUCACGUCAUCGCCUUCCUUGCGAGUGGCAUAACCUCAAUCAAGAAGCUAAAGGCAUCAGGAUCCAGAUCUACGAGCAUCCAUUACCAAGCUAUGAACCGGCUGCCAAAGCAACACUAUUCGAGUUACAAUGCCCAGAGGUAUUCGCUGCCUACCGAGACGCAACAUGGCUUAUACUGUCGACCCUGUGUCGCGAACCGACCGAUAAGCUUGACCGGAUGUCACUGAUCCGGGAAUACUCGCAGAUCGACUCAUAUGCCAACGAGACCAGCUGCCAAGUGACUCUGGGGUCGUACAAGAAAGCUCAUCUAGAAUGUCACUACGCAAACUGGGGUUUCCCAAUCGGAGUAGACGAAGUCAUCCGGACCUGCGGCCUCAAGCCCAGGUACUUUGAUUGUCUUGGUGAGACUUGGACAGAUAGGUCUGGAAAGGCCUCUUUCUGGCAUCACUUUCCUGUAAGACUUCCUCCGACCUCACCGCUCGUGUCUCUUGGACUCGAGUAUCCUACAUGGCCAACAUCGAACGAAGUACAAGCGAACCAAGCUAGAUGUACUCAAGGUGUCGGUAUCCAUGAGUUCACAGCACUUCAAGGUCUCUUGGUAGGCACACAUUCGAGGUGGCUUGACCUUCUAAGGGAACUGGGGUCCACCAAUCUCAACUUCUCCUCAGAUUCUACGUGGUCACUCGUCUUACGUCUGGUAUUACAGCUGGGGCCAGACACUGCAGGGGGAUCUCGGUUCACAGACGUCCACCGUCCGUUGUCAGAUGACAGUUUGUGUAGCAAGCUUCUGCAGCAAGUUCGCUUUCGGCUAGAAGCGAUCCGACGGAAUUGGCGUGAACCGGUGCAGAUGGAGAUUCUUGUCACCAUUUUGCUCAAGGUGACGUCUCUCACACCGAGCGACCGCAUUCGAACCGAAGGCAUGCGUCUUCUCCACGAGGCUCGCAAGAUUACGGACGGCUGGCGCAGAGAACUACAACCCAUGGUCACAGAGGAUCCUAACGUCUUGCAAUCAGCUAUCUGGGCUUCCCUCUUGUGCAGGCGGACCAUACACAUUGACGAUGAGCAGCUCAAAAAAUCGGAAGUUCUUCGCAUGUAUCUCGAUGCGUCGAUCUCGCUGCAUUACAAUUUGACCGGAAGAUUUGACCAAAUGCCAUACAACAUGCGCAACGCCAUCGUGCAAGAUACUUUGUUUACUUAUGAGCAUCGCGAACUCAUAGUGGAGACUAUACUAGCGGAUCCGCAGACCUUCAGGGCAUCUUUGAACACGAUGUGGCACGUUCCUGGAGAUUACGAUACUAUCGAGCCCGUGCUGGAAGUCGUCCCUGAUACGUGGUAUCUGUCAUAUACACUAGAGUCGACCGCGGAUCAGCAUUCGUACUUUGUGCAUUACAACUACGUCUACGGUACAUUGCUUAUUGAUGGACAAGAAAUGGGAACGUUGCCUCUGGCAUACCGCUCGCACACAGACUACAUCCAUUUGUUCGGCACUAGGAACCCCAUUGUCUUGCCUUCUCCCCUUCGAGGCAUGGACUUCGCAAUCGCUGAGAUGGGGCUGUUCAGCAACCAUCGAAUUCAUCUUGGCUGGCGUAACGGCCGGCUGAUCAUCCGUGCCGAUCAGAAGGGCGAACUGAUCGAAUUCAUUCCUAGUGGUGUCUUUGGUUCAGAUCUCCCGAGACCAUUAGUAGAAAACUGCUACCACUGGCUUCAUGUCUAUAAGGGUCAUGUCGAGAUCCGUCAGCAGAGCCCGUGGAGAUUCAAGCCAAUGAACUGGUGGGUACGCUGGCACCCUGCUGGCUUCUACCACGCCGUUCGGCGAUUCGAAGAGCCAACGCAAACUACACUGCUGGAACCUGGAAGCGAACUUUUCAAGACUAUUGCACAGAUCUUUACACAUUUUGAGCAUCCGUCUCAAAUCCUGGUGUUCGCAUCGCACAGUGCUAGGGGCACGGAAUCAUCAGACUCUGACUGUAGGGUCACAGUGGAAUUGAAGCGAAUGGAACUUAGCUUUCACAUCAACAGCGAGGGCCUACUGCAGUCUUCGCGGCUCGGUGCCAUCAUCUCACCUAUUCAAGACGCGGGAACUUGGUAUGGAUUGCAGAGCAAGAUCGUGAUCCAAUCCGUUGCCAACCACCGUCAAAAGAGUAUACUGGUACUCCUGGGCGAUUUCCGAGUCUCGAAGGAUGGGCCUCAUGUAACCGUUGGCAUCGAGAUGGGCAGGGGUGAAUACCUCAAAUUCGCAAUCAAUGACGUCUUAGGACGUAUCGACUGCGCGCCCGAGCCGCGUCUACUCUAUAUCAAGGCUUUGCUGCAUGCUUACACCUCGCACAUCGUUGCCGACCCGCUCACACGGCGAACGGGAACUGAGGAAGCACUGUACCUGCUCCAGACAGGAGCCUAUCAACCUUGGAGUCCACUACCAAGCGACUUGAUCGCUAAACUGAAAGAUGUCGCAGAUUUAUCGCCAAAGCGAGGCUAUUAUCCAAAAGACACAAAGGUCAUGGAGACAACUGUCUGGCGUCCCGAAUGCACAGUUUCCAUGCAGGACGAUCGAUAUACCACUGUUGUCGCGAGCAUAUUGCGAAAGUCUGCGAACUUGUCUCAAUUCUUCUCUGAUUGCGAGUUUCAAGAAGCAAUCAAACUGGAACCUGACGUCAUCCAUUUGGCGGCCCGCGCGAUAGUCAGAUCAAACGUGAAUGAUCGGAAAAAGAGUGGCCACUGGGACGUUGUUUAUACUGCGCGCGAUGACCGAAAAUCCUCAAAGGAUCGUCUAAAUUCGUUUGAAGUAUCGAAGCUUCUUCUGGAUUGGGAGCCAACUUGCUCGUUGGAGGCUACACUGAUUACUCUUCUUCACGAUGCUCCGGUCGUGGGCGGUUACGAUAAAUGCUAUCGCAAAUGUUUGCUCACUGAUCACCUCGCUGUCGACAUCAAAGCGGAGUGGGGUGCGCUUGCUCAAAAGUCACUUCAGUGCAAUGUCGACGACAGGUUCAGCCUGAUGUUCCUACUGGCAACUAUCGCUUUCUCGUCGGAUGUGGAUCUGAACCUGUUGCGCGUCCUCAUAGCUUUCGCGAUGAUUCCAGCGAUACGUGCUAUACCGGCUCCCAGUCAUGCCGCCUACUUCCACUUUCGAGCUGAUGGAGCGCCUCCCAUGUCGUAUCUGAUAUCCUUGAUGGAAAAGUCACGGAUGCCUUUUUCUGAAACCGGCUUCAAGAAACGCGCACAGCUCGUCAAAGCCGAGAGCUUGCAUGGCCCCAAUGUCGAUGAGUCUUGUGAAGCGCUAGCUAGGUCCAUCCUAAAGCAGUGGCCCUCUUCUGAGAUCGAAAUGCAGAAGUUAAUCGCAAUUGAUCCAACAUAUCUGAACGUGGAUUGGGCUCUGGCUGAUGUGGUUCCAGAGUGGACCCGUCUUACGCGCAACCAUGAACUGUCGCUUUAUCUGGAGCAGGUACAAGAGGUACUCUACCGCGUAACUAUCGGCCGUGUGGAGGUCGACAUAGACAACAAGGUCACGCCAAAGGCGAAGCUGUUACCUCUCUCCCUAUAUUCUACAAGAUCUAGGAAGAACGAUGAUCUAUCGCUUUCGGAACUAUUGAAGGCUCCAAUCGUCAGCAUUCAAGUGCCCAGGGAGAUGUGUCCUCGCGCGGUCGGUUCUUACGCCGGAGCUUUAACCAUGAGAUCGGGCAACAUUGCGCAUCAUCCUGGCAAGAUCAACAACUUCAUGGGUAACUACCAGGAUAAGAGGGCACCAAUCCAUCCUCGGGCAUCCAAACAGCAGCCACAAGAAAUUGGUAUGCUGAGGAAUAUCGUCGCCAACUUCAAAGACCCGAGUUCUUUCGUGCAGUGUAGGUAUGCGAAAGAAAUGGAUGCGAGUAUUGCCGCUCUCGAAAAGCACAUCGCCUACGCGCAAAAGACCUCUGAUAGCUUGCAUUCCAGAAUCACCGGAGGCGAGAUCACGUCCGCGAAACAAAUUGCAGCAAAUGCAGUUGAGCACGUCCGCUAUUCACUUCAAUCCCAUCAUCCACAAGCCAAGUGGCUCCAGUUAGUAGAUACAUGGCCCAGGAUGACGAAUGUCGAGCUUCUCACUGAACUCCGAGCAACUUCAGGCACUACUUUCGGCGCAGGCACGAAAGAAGCGAUCGUGGCUUUCGGGGUGGCCACAAGUAGACUCCAACAGAUACACCGCAUCCAGGAUGCGCAGAAGAGACAAAAAGAACAACAGGAGCGAGAUGAAUGGGCGAACUCUGGCCAUAGCAACUGGAAUCCCGUGAACUUUCCGGACUGGCUUCUGCUCGAAAUCGACGGCGACAUCCUGAUCCGAGAAGAGCAAGUACAGGUCGCCUUAGCGACUGUCUCACCCCAGUCAGACCAGAACUCAGUCUUGCAACUCUUGAUGGGUAAAGGCAAGACGUCUUGCAUCCUCCCUAUGGUGGCGGCUCUCCUUGCUAAUCAAGCCGAUCUUGCUCGCGUCGUGGUCCCAAGAGCUCUCUUGCUCCAGUCGGCGCAGGUGAUGCAAGCCAAACUAGGCGGACUAGUCGACCGCGAGCUGAUGCAUAUCCCCUUCUCUCGAAAGACGCCUCCUACCGAAGCAUUGAUGGAUCUUUACGCAAAGAUGCACUCAAGAUUGCGCGAUCGCCGUGGUGUACUCAUCGCAUUGCCAGAACAUGUGCUCUCUUUCAAGCUGAGUGGACUACAACAACUCUGCGACGAGAACCUCGAAUCAGCAUCCAUGAUGAUCGAGACACAGCGCUGGCUGGAUCGACACACCCGCGACGUUCUGGACGAAUGCGACGUUUCGUUGGCAAUCAGGACGCAACUCAUCUAUCCAUCCGGUACGCAGACCACAGUGGACGGCCAUCCGAUGCGCUGGCAGGUUAUCCAGGCAUGUCUUCACUUAGUGAAGGACUUUGCUUCAAAUGUCCAGUCACAAUGUCCUCGCAGCAUCGAAGUGGUCAACCGCGGCAGCAGUGGGUUUCCUCUCAUCUAUUUCCUGCGCAAAGACGCCGAGGAUUACUUGACCAAGCUAUUGGUCAUGAUUAUCUGCAAGGGUCAGACACCGUCGAUACUGCCCUGUGCCGAAUACCCCGUCUCCCUCAUGAAUGAUGUACAGGCCUACAUCUCGAAGCCCACAGUGCGUAGUCAGACGAUAUCCACGAUCGUCAGCUUCUUCCGAGACAAGCCAACUCUGAUGCGCGUGGUCAACUUACUCCGUGGCAUGUUCGUUCAUCGUAUCUUGAUUACAGCUCUCAAGAAGCGCUGGAACGUGCAGUAUGGAUUGAAUCCGAUACGCGCGCCGAUAGCGGUACCAUACCUCGCUAAGGGUGUGCCCUCGCCUACAGCAGAAUGGGGUCACCCCGAUGUUGCCAUCACCUUGACGUGCUUGUCAUUCUACUAUCAAGGUCUGACCGGCUCUCAGUUCAAGGAAGCCUUCGCGCACUUGGUCAAGACGGACGAACCGAGCAUUCAGUACGAGAAAUGGUUUCCGAAAGGAAUUGACAUCCCGAAGGAGUUCGACGACUAUGCGACAAUCAAUGCCGAAGAUACAAGACAACUGAGUGAGCUCUACCAGAUCAUACGCUACAGUGCAGCCCUAAUGGAUUUCUAUCUGAACAACUUUGUGUUUCCAAAGUACGCAAAGACCUUCAGCCUCAAGCUUCAGGCAUCUGGUUGGAACCUCUUUCCAUCAAGUCAGGACAAUCUUGGACCCCGUGUGACCGGUUUCUCGGGUACGAACGACUCUAGGCACCAACUUCCGCUUUUGGUUCAACAGCAAGAUCUCCCCCAGCUAGCACACACGAAUGCCGAAGUCCCAUACUACCUUCUAGCACCUCGUAACCAAUCUUAUAUGCGCAUGACCUCAUCGCAUGGAGCGCGUUGGACUGAAGCAGCUUUGAUCGAAGACCUUGCAAAUCGCUCCUGGCAAAAGCAAUACGCUGGUCAUUACCAGUCUUUCCGUCUCCCAUACGGAGCCAACAACAUCCAUCUGAAGAGUCGAAUUAGAAUUCUCAUCGACGCUGGUGCGCAGGUUCUUGAGCAUUCGAACAAAGACUUUGCCAAUGCUUGGCUUCAUGCGGAUGAGGGAGCAGCAGCAGCUGUAUACUUCGACGCCGAUCAUCGUGCAUGGGUAUUAUAUCGUACAGGAAGACGCAUACCACUAGUAGCAUCUCCAUUCGCCGAGGAUUUAGAUCGAUGUGUUGUAUACCUGGAUGAGAGUCACUGCAGAGGCACUGAUAUCAAAUUCCCACCACAUGCGCGAGCUGCCCUGACUCUCGGUCAGCAUUUGACGAAAGAUGCACUGGUACAGGCGGCCAUGCGACUUCGACUUCUUGGUCAAACCCAGUCAGUCACGUUCUUCUCACCGAUUGAAGUCCACCAGGGUAUAUUGGAUCGGCUACCAAAUAAAUCCAAUGAGUUUUAUCAGCCCACUUCGGGUGACGUCCUUCGCUGGGUGUUUGGUCAAACUUGCGAUACUAUGGAGCAGCUCGAGCCGUCCUAUUUUGCACAGACCUUGCAGUAUUUGCAGCAAGAGCAGGCACAGUUGGAGUAUCCCGAAUAUCUGCAUGAUGCUUUUUCACGCGAUGCUUAUCUCGCAACGGUCCGCAUCAAGGAGGCUCUUUCACUGAAACAGCUAUACGAGCCAAGGGGUGAGCGUCACCGCCGUGCUGGUCCCAACGCUUCCACCAUCGUAUGGAAAUCUUCGCUGCAGGGUAUCUAUACCAAGCUUGUAAAACGCAAGAAACACUUCCAAGACCGAGGUUCAGCGGUCCAUGCAUCAGCACUAGAGGAGGUAGAAAUUGAGCAAGAACGUGAGGCUGAGCGCGAGGUAGAAGUCGAGGUUGAAAACGUCCGGGAAGUACAACAAGCCAUCCUCUUCAACCCAUAUAAGACGAAAAAGCUGCAUGAAGACAUCCGACAUUUCGUAGAGUUCGGGCGUCUCGUCCCUGGAAGCGAUGCCUAUCAACCUCUGUUUUCGGUAUUGGGACGGAUGACUUCACUAGGCCUCAAGCAUACGGUCCAUUCCUCGAUGAAGUCCGGUUCGUGGAUCUCAGCGGAAUUCUCUCGUACAAUCGAAGUCUAUGCGCCCAACGACAAUUACCUCCGUUCUUCUCACUGGAUUCUCUGGAGUACUAUCAGCCAACAAGCGCUGCUUGUUAGCCCUGAAGAAGCCAACCAGCUCAUCCCAAUCAUGCAAGAGCGACAAGCGCUUCAAGAUAGUGGCAAAGUUCACCUGAUCAUCUACGCUGCACCUGUUACACGAAGGAUGCUUCAUUUCAACCAGCUUGACUACUAUGCGAUACCGGCUUUACCUGCGGAUUUCCAAGCUCCAGUCUGGCUUCGAGUCGAAAUGGGGCUUUUCGCCGGGCGCCUGUACCUUGAAUGGGACGAGUACUACCUACUGCUGGAGUACCUUGGUCUUGAUGAGAACCUAUCCCAGCACCCUCAGAAGGAUGCAUUCGCAAAGAAGCCUCUUACUUUUGUACAUGAAUGGCUUGCUCUGCGCCGCAAGGGUCAAGACUUCGAGCACACUCCCAUGGGUUUCAUCACUACUGGCAAGCCGCUUACGGAGAGUCACCCGUUCUUCCGCAAGCUCGCACUUGGAGACGAUCCGGCUUUGCGUCAGCAUGUCGCCCGAGCUGUACCCGGCCAGCUCGAUGCUCAAGACGAGGAAGACCAAGAUGACCACGACGACGAUGAGGAGUUUGUUCCGGCCGUUGAGCAUGUUGAUGACUCGGAAGGCGAGGACGAAGGGUUUGAGUCGAGUGGCGAUGAGGCCUUCUUGGAUGCGGAGGAAGGGGAGUAG